AUCUAUUGCCCUUUUCUUCCCAGGAACAAAGAUAUAUGUCUUUAAAUGAAGCAUGUGCACACAAUCAAAAAAAUGUUGUCGAUUUGCUUCUAGCUACUGAUGUAAAGUACAACUUAAAAACGUGCUUUUAUGCCGUACAAAGUGGAAAUUUAGACAUGCUUUUUCGCUUCACUGAUAAUGUAGACCUAAGCAAAAUAACGUUUACAAAUAAUGUCCAGUGGAAUAAUUUAGAAUGCAGUUUGCUUCACGAAAUUUGCAUUUUUGGCCAAAAUCACCUAAUUAAGCCAGUUCUAGCACGUUAUCCACAUCUACUUGAUGUUAAAGAUAACCAGGGUGAGAAUUCUCUUCAUUUUAUAGCAUUUGCUGGGGACGAAACAAUGUUUAAACAAUUAAUUAUCUCAGGUAGUGACCCAUUCACUAGAGCUAAUUAUGGUGGCACUAUUCUUCAUAAUGCUUGUCAAAACGGCAAAUUAAGCAUGGUCAAGUAUAUCUGUGACACAUAUCCAAAGUUGCUUUCACCAGAAUAUAAUGCCUUCGACGGCAUGUCACCAUUACACUGGUCAGGUCAAUCAGGAAGUAUAGAAUUAUAUGAAUACUUGAUAGAAAAAGGUGUAAAGAAAACGUUCCUUGAGGGCCGAAGUACACCAUUACAUGAAGCUUGUAAGUUUGGAAGACUAAAUAUGUGUGAAUACUUGGUAAACACUCAUCCUCAUUUACUUGAUGUCAAAGACAAUAAUGGAGGAAAUGCCUUACAUUACGCUGCCUGGGGAGGUAACAUUGAUUUACUCAAAUUUCUGUUGGAGAAAGGUUUUGAUGUCAAAACCAAAAGAAAUAAUGGGGAAACUGUGUUUCACCUAUGUUGUAUGAACGGAAAACUAGAGAUGUGUUAGUACUUGGUCAAUACUUAUCCUCAUUUACUAGAUGUCACAGACAAUAAUGGAGGGAAUGCCUUACAUGCUGCAGCCUGGGAAGGUAACAUUGACUUACUCAAUUUUCUGUUGGAGAAAGGUUUUGAUGUCAAAACCAAAAGAAAUGAUGGGAAAAAUGUGCUUCACCUGUGCUGUAUGAACGGAAAACUAGAGAUGUGUAAGUACUUGGUCAAUACUUAUCCUCAUUUACUAGAUGUCAAAGACAAUGAUGGAGAGAAUGCCUUACAUGAUGCAGCCUGGGGAGGUAACAUUGAUUUACUCAAUUUUCUGUUGGAGAAAGGUUUUGAUGUCAAAACCAAAAGAAAUGAUGGGGGUACAGUGCUUCACCUGUGCUGUAUGAACGGAAAACUAGAGAUGUGUAAGUACUUGGUCAAUACUUAUCCUCAUUUACUUAAUCUUAAAGACAAAAAUGGAGGAAAUGCCUUAUAUGGUGCAGCCUUGGGAGGUAACAUUGAUUUACUCAAUUUUCUGUUGGAGAAAGGUUUUGAUGUCAAAACCAAAAGAAAUGAUGGGAAAACUGUGCUUCACUUAUGCUGUAUGAACGGAAAACUAGAGAUGUGUAAGUACUUGGUCAAUACUUAUCCUCAUUUACUUAAUCUCAAAGACAAUAAUGGAGGAAAUGCCUUACAUGAUGCAGCCUGGGGAGGUAACAUUGAUUUACUCAAUUUUCUGUUGGAGAAAGGUUUUGAUGUCAAAACAAAAAGAAAUGAUGGGAAAAAUGUGCUUCACCUGUGCUGUAUGAACGGAAAACUAGAGAUGUGUAAGUACUUGGUCAAUACUUAUCCUCAUGUACUAGAUGUCAAAGACAAUAAUGGAGUGAAUGCCUUACAUGCUGCAGCCUGGAGAGGUAACAUUGAUUUACUCAAUUUUCUGUUGGAGAAAGGUUUUGAUGUCAAAACCAAAAGAAAUGAUGGGAAAACUGUGCUUCACCUAUGCUGUAUGAACGGAGAACUAGAGAUGUGUAAGUACUUGGUCAAUACUUAUCCGCAUUUACUAGAUGUCACAGACAAUGAUGGAGAGAAUGCCUUACAUGAUGCAGCCUGGGUAGGUAACAUUGAUUUACUCAAUUUUCUGUUGGAGAAAGGUUUUGAUGUCAAAACCAAAAUAAAUGAUGGGAAAACUGUGCUUCACCUGUGCUGUAUGAAGGGAAAACUAGAGAUGUGUAAGUACUUGGUCAAUACUUAUCCUCAUUUACUAGAUGUCAAAGACAGUGAUGGAGGAAAUGCCUUACAUGAUGCAGCCUGGGGAGGUAACAUUGAUUUACUCAAUUUUCUGUUGGAGAAAGGUUUUGAUGUCAAAACCAAAAGAAAUGAUGGAGAAACUGUGCUUCACCUAUGCUGUAUGAACGGAAAACUUCAAAUGUGUAAGUACUUGGUCAAUACUUAUCCUCAUUUACUAGAUGUCAAAGACAAUAAUGGAGGAAAUGCCUUACAUGCUGCAGCCCGGGGAGGUAACAUUGAUUUACUGAAUUUUCUGUUGGAGAAAGGUUUUGAUGUCAAAACCAAAAGAAAUGAUGGGAAAACUGUGCUUCACCUAUGCUGUAUGAACGGAAAACUAGAGAUGUGUAAGUACUUGGUCAAUACUUAUCCUCAUUUACUAGAUGUCAAAGACAAUAAUGGAGAAAAUGCCUUACACUCUUCAGCCUGGGGAGGUAACAUUGAUUUACUCAAUUUUCUGUUGGAGAAAGGUUUUGAUGUCAAAACCAAAAGAAAUGAUGGGAAAACUGUGCUUCACCUGUGCUGUAUGAACGGAAAACUAGAUAUGUGUAAGUACUUGGUCAAUACUUAUCCGCAUUUACUAGAUGUCAAAGAUAAAAAUGGAGGAAAUGCCUUACAUGAUGCAGCCUUGGGAGGUAACAUUGAUUUACUCAAUUUUCUGUUGGAGAAAGGUUUUGAUGUCAAAACCAAAGCAAAUGAUGGGAAAAAUGCGUUUCACUAUUGCUGUAUGAACGGAAAACUAGAGACGUGUAAGUACUUGGUCAAUACUUAUCCUCAUGUACUAGAUGUCAAAGACAAUAAUGGAGGGAACGCCUUACAUCAAGCAGCCUGGGGAGGUAACAUUGAUUUACUCAAUUUUCUGUUGGAGAAAGAUUUUGAUGUCAAAACCAAAAGAAAUGAUGGGAAAACUGUGCUUCACCAGUGCUGUAUGAAUGGAAAACUAGAGAUGAUUAAGUACUUGGUCUAUACUUAUCCUCAUUUACUAGAUUUCAAAGACAAUGAUGGAGAGAAUGCCUUACAUGAUGCAGCCUUGGGAGGUAACAUUGAUUUACUCAAUUUUCUGUUGGAAAGAGGCUUAGAUAUCAAAACCAAAAGAAAUGAUGGAAAAACUGUGCUUCAUCUGUGUUGUAUGGGCGGACAGCUAGAUAUGUGCAAGUACUUGGUCAAUACUUAUCCUUAUUUACUAGAUGUCAAAGACAAUAAUGGAGGAAAUGCCUUACAUGCUGCAGCGUUGGGAGGUAACCUUGAUUUACUUAAAUUUCUGUUGGGAAAAGGAUUUGAUAUCGAAACUAAAAGAAAUGAUUGGAAAACCGUGCUUCAAUUAUGUAUUUUGACCGGAAAUGUAGAUAUAUAUAACCAUUUAGUCAAGGCUUAUCCUCGUCUACUAGAGGUCAUUGGCAGUUCCAGUAUCCGUGAAUCUACUAACUCUAGUGUUGAAAAUAAUCCGGAAAGUUCUGUUUCUGUACCCGAGCGAGGACAAAAAAGAAAAAAAGUGACACAUUUUCCCAAAUAUGUAAAGAAAAAAUUGUUUUAG